CCGCUCAGGUUCAGAAGUGAUUAAUAGGUGAUAAAAUUUGUUUUUAUUUAUUUUGAUUUGUAGAAGCAGAUUUUUAGUGGCGCUGUAGCUGCUUCCUCUUCUGCACUUUCACGCUUCACGUUUACACUAAAUACACUCAGCUUCACUUUAGUUUUGUUAGGGAAGAUCAGGAGGACCCAACAGUACCCACUGUACCCACACACCCCACACACCCCACUGUACACACUGUACCCACACACCCCACACACCCCACUGUACACACUGUACCAACACACCCCACUGUACCCACACAUCCCACAGACCCCACUGUACACACUGUACCAACACACCCCACUGUACACACACAUCCCACAGACCCCACGAAACCCACACACCACACAAAACCCACAUACCCGCCGAAACCCACACACCCCACUGUCCAGUCUUGAAUGAAUGAACAUAAAUAAAUCAUAAAUCUGAACUUUAUAUUCAGAAGAAGGUGCACACUCAGCUCCUAAAGAGACGUUAUUGAUACUGAGGACCCGUCUGGAGCAGGAGGGGUGAAGAUCAGGACCCGUCUGGAGCAGGAGGGGUGAAGAUCAGGACUCGGGUUCGAGACUCACAGCUCGUCUGUUCCUGCUCAGUUCUUCAGCUCAUUUAUCAGCCGUGUUUAAAAGAAGGUGUUGAGAGUUCGAAGUGUGUGUGUGUGUGUGUGUGUGAGCGCAGGAUGUAAGUGGGAGCUACACACUCACACACACACUCACACACACUCACACACCGGUGCAGGAUGAGUGGUGGGAAAAAGCGCAGCGGCUUUCAGAUCACCAGCGUGACCUCGGAGGACGGAGAAAGUCCCGCCUCUAAACCUCCCCCCGAUACGAGCGCUUCACCACCGCCGGGUACCCCUGCCGACCGGGCCACGCCCUCUCCCAUUGUACUUAAUGGCCCCUCCUUCAUCCACAACUUUAUCCCCACCCUGCUUACACAGCAGAGCUCCAGCCAGCCGACCACGCCCGUCUCCGUACGCAAACAGCGCUCACUGGAACAGGCAGGGGGCGGAGCCUCGCGGUUCCGCGUGGUACGUCUCGGUCAGGGAUCGGGGGAACCCUACAGGCGCGGCCGCUGGACAUGCGUGGACGUAAUAGAGCGGGAGGCGGAGCCUCGAGGUGUCCGAAGGGUAAUGGACAGCAUGAGACACGCCCACUCGCUGGAAUCUCUGGAGACCGUGGGACUGAACGAGGUGGAGGGCGCGGCGGGCGGAGUCAUGCUGAAGUCUCUAAAUAUGCGAGGGUUACGCCCAGGUCUCAUGGGAAACUUGCAGGGCUCCGCCCACCUGCUGACACACAGCGGCCCGCCCUCGCCCACUUACAUCUACCACGAACCGCAGAUGCUGUCACCGCCCUCGCCACACAAACCAGGCACGCCCCGCGCCCGCAAGGUGACCCCCCCACUGCGCCUCGACCUGGACCCGGCCAGCAAGCUCCGUGCUACCCGCUCCCAGCCCACCUCACCAGGACCCCCCGCAGGUCGAGAUGGUUUAUUCCACUCAGCACUGACACCCGUACAGACCCCCUCAGCCCUGGCUCUGGCACAGUCCAUGUUCGGAGUGGGUGGAGCUUUUGAGUUGGUUGGUGAUGAUGGUGGAUCCAGUACCAGUAUGGUUGCCAUUGAUAACAAGAUUGAACAAGCCAUGGACCUGGUGAAAGCUCACCUGAUGAUGGCGGUGAGGGAGGAGGUGGAGAUUCUGAGAGAACAGAUUAAAGAACUGACCGAGAAGAACGCUCAGCUCGAGAGAGAGAACUACAUCCUCAAAGCACUCAGAGAUCAGCACUGACAUGCCCACCGCCCAGUGCAUCAUGGGAAAUGCAGUCUUCUCUAGUCUGGAGUCUGAACUGAACUCUGGCAGGUGUGAAGAUCUGAAGACUUCUGAGUGAUGGACAGAAGAACAGACGGAUGAAACUCUGAGAGAAGAAUAACUACACUCAUGGAUGAUGGAUGAUGGAUCUUUGGAGGACAGAAGGAAACGUUUAGAUUGUGGAUUCAUUUAAUGUUCCAUCAAUGGUACAAACAAACUGUAACAAAAUAUUUACUGUUUAGUGCCUUACACACACACACACACACACACACGUUAUUACAAACACACACACACACACACACACACACCACACAGCUGGAUGUGAAUGUGUUGAUGAUGAAUGUACAGUAGAGUAAUAAUGAGUAUUUAUUUUGGUUUUACUUCAUAUUUUAAUACUUUUAACAUCAGUGUGAGUGUGUGUGUGGCCAAAAGUAUGUGGACACCCUUCCUUACUCAGGGGUUUCAGCCACACCUACUGCUAACAACUGCACACAAUCAAAAUGAUCUCAAAUAAAAGCUCAUGUCCAGCAGCUCAUGGUCGGGUGUUCACGUACAUGUGGGUUGGUGGUGAAGGCGUCCGCAGGCAGGUGAACCCAGGACGCCUGUUGUUGUGCUGAUUCAUGUUAAAUGUGUAGAAUGUUUUACAAAAUGUUAACACUUCCUGUUUAUGUCCCGCCCCUGAGUGUAAUGGACAGAUAAGAGCUUCUGAUAAAGCAUGAACACAUGAACUCUCCAUGAUAGCAGCGCUGGUGUGUGUUGGGUUGCGUUCUGAAGCACUUCUGAUGAAGCAUGGAUCAGGCCUGAGGUUAGAGAUCGUUUCAGUGAUGUUGAGAUGUGUGCUGUUUACUACUUCCUGUUUACUACUUCCUGUUAAUAACUGGCCCUCAUGUGAAAUAAACUUUCUAUUGUUCUGAUAAACCAUAAACACUCCUGACGUUCAGAGGUUUGGUUUGAUUCACUCUGUAAAACUCCUGAACAAAAAACUAACUGGUGUGUGUGGUGUGUGUGUGUGUGUGUGUGUGUGUGUGUGUGUGUGUGUGUGUGUGUGUGUGUGUGUGUGUGUGUGUGUGUGUGUGUGUGUGUGUGUGUGUGUGUGUGUGUGUGUUCAGUUAUAAAUCUCAGCAUUGUUUAAGUGCUUUUACCUCGUUACCGUGGUGUCUCUAUAGUUUUGGUUGUGUGGUACGAGGGGGUGAUAUGUUACAGUUUAAUCAUUAAUCUUUAUUUUUCUUUUAUUUCUUUAUAAAGUUUUAGUGUAUAGUGUAUAAAAAUGUAACUUAUCUAAUAAAUAAUAUUAACUGUU